AUGAGUCUCUUUCUGGAUGUGCAGAUAUUUUUGGCAGCCCUCUCAUUCAGCUAUAUAUGCAAGGCACUAGCUGGAAUCAUUAUGAAAAGUUCCAUCACGCAAAUAGAAAGGAGAUUUGACAUAUCAUCUUCCACUUCUGGUUUGAUUGAUGGAGGAUUUGAAAUUGGCAAUUUGUUAGUUAUUGUAUUUGUGAGUUACUUUGGAUCCAAACUUCACAGACCAAAGUUGAUUGGAAUUGGAUGUUUCAUCAUGGGCCUUGGGAGUAUUAUGACUGCAAUGCCUCAUUUCUUCAUGGGAUAUUACAGGUACUCAUCAGAAGAUGACAUCAGCUCUCUAAGCAACUCCACAUUGAUCUGUUUAGCCAAUCAAACUACAUCACUCACUGGAACCUCACCUGAGAUAGUGGGGAAAGGUUGUGAAAAGGGAUCCAAGUCACACAUGUGGAUUUAUGUGUUGAUGGGGAACAUGCUUCGUGGGAUAGGAGAAACACCAAUAGUGCCCCUGGGAAUUUCCUAUAUUGAUGACUUUGCAAAAGAAGGGCACUCCUCUAUGUACUUAGGUAUUCUGAAUACAAUAGCAAUGAUUGGUCCAAUCAUUGGCUUUAUCAUGUCAUCUGUGUUUGCUCGGAUGUAUGUAGACAUUGGAUUCGUAGACUUGAGAAGUAUCCGAAUAACUCCUAAGGAUGCUCGUUGGGUUGGUGCCUGGUGGCUCAGUUUCAUGGUGUCUGGACUAUUAUCCAUUAUUUCUUCCAUACCCUUCUUUUUUCUACCCCAAAUUCCAAUGACAACACAGAAGGAAAGGAAAAAUUCAGCAUCUCUGAAUGUAUUCAAAAUAGGUGAAGAAAAGAAUCACAUGACUAAUUUGACCAACCAGGAGAAAAAAGCUCCUGUCAACAUGACCGGUUUUCUACUGUCUCUGAAAAGCAUCCUUACCAACCACCUGUAUGUUAUAUUCGUGGUAUUAACAUUGCUACAAAUCAGCAGCUUUAUUGGCUCCUUUACUUAUGUCUUCAAGUUUAUAGAGCAACAGUUUGGCAAGUCAGCAUCUGAGGCCAACUUUGCGUUAGGAGUUAUAACUCUACCUGCUAUGGCAACUGGAAUGUUUUUAGGAGGAUAUAUCGUUAAAAAAUUCAAAUUGACCCUGGUUGGAAUUGCCAAGUUUGCAUUUUUCACCUCCUCAGUAGCCUAUGUGUUUCAUCUAUUAAAUUUUGCUCUAAUCUGUGAAAACAAACCAUUUGCUGGCCUAACCUUGACCUAUGAUGGAAGGAACUCAGUGGACUCUCACAUAGAUAUACCACUUUCAUAUUGCAAUUCGGACUGCAGUUGUGAUAAAAAUGAAUGGGAACCCAUCUGUGGGAAGAAUGGAGUGACUUACAUUUCACCUUGCCUGGCAGGAUGCAAAUAUUCUAGUGGUGAUAAGAACCCUAAUAAUACAGUAUUCUAUGACUGCAGUUGUAUCAGAGACUCUGGUUUCCAGAACAGCAAUCAUUCAGCCCAUUUGGGUGAAUGCCCAAGAGACAAGUGCAAAACCAACUACUACUUUUAUAUAACUUUUCAAGUCUUUAAUUCUUUCUCUGUUGCAAUGGGGAGCACCUCUUUUAUCUUGAUUCUGAUAAAGACUGUCCAACCUGAAUUGAAAUCACUUGCAAUGGGUUUCCACUCGCUGGUUAUACGUGCGCUAGGAGGAAUUUUAGCUCCAGUCUAUUUUGGGGCCUUAAUUGACAAAACGUGUAUGAAGUGGUCUGCCACCAGCUGUGGAGCACGAGGGGCAUGUAGGGCAUAUAACUCUGAAUUGUUUGGAACCAUCUACUUGGGUUUGGCCACAUCUUUAAAAGCCCCAGCACUUAUUUUAUAUGUUGUAUUGAUUUAUGCCAUGAAGAAAAAAGAUGAAAGAAAAGAUAGCAAAACAUUGGAAAAUGGUGGAAAAGUCACAGAUGAAGCAAUUCCAGAAUCGUUAAAUAAAAAUGGAUACCAUUCUGUACCUUCUGGUGGAUCAUACACUGAAACACCUCUUUAAGAAAAACAAAAGUUACAUCUGUUGCUGUGCUUCCAACCAGUUUCUGGUCCUUUCAUUGAAGAUUUCCACACUUCAUAUGAUGAAUAAUGGAUAAUCCUAUGAAUUUGUGAAAAAUAGAAACUACAAAUCAAACAGACUAGGUAUAUCAUUGUCAGGGCAUAGGUGUGCAUUGGAGGCUAGGAUUGGAAUAUAUGAUCUGUACAAAUUUAAAGCAUAAAAACUGGUUAGUUUACAAUAGAAAAAAUUCACUUAAGCAUACAUAACUCAAUAAAAUAAGUGGCUAGGAUUUGCAGAGGGACAAAGGAAGGAGAGAAAUUGGCUGCCUGUAUAAGGAGAAAACACCUGGUAUCUUUAAAAAUCAAAAUUUGAAUAGUUCUAUUCACACCCAGAGUCUCUGCUGAUGGAGGACUUCAUGACAUAACAUCCUCUGGUAUCCAUGUUCAGUUGUAUAUUUUGCAGAAUUAUUAAUUUGAAAUUGUGUUUAACAGCACAUGCAUCUUCUUUUUACAUGCUCUUAUAGUACUGAGGAAUAGAACAGAAACAUUAAAAAAUUACAAGCUAUGACUUUCAGAAAACUUAACAUACAAUGCAUUUUAAGAGCCAUGACAAUGGAUUGGAAAAUCCCACAUUGACUGACGAAAGCAAAGACCAUUGAAUAAAAUGAGGCUUCACUCCAUCUGUCAGCUCUCUGAGACAAGUGUGCGCCAGACAAAGUGUGUAUUAGAGGAUAUUAGAGUUCACCAUUUACCAAUGUUGUAUU